GACGUGCCUCGUGUGUCCUUUCCCUACGCUGUCACUUCACCUUGGUCGGAUUUCGAAGUUUGACAUGUCGACGUUGCUGAAAGUCCUCAAAGCUCUGGUGAAUAUUUUUUGCGGCCUCAAGCAGGAGCCAGAACGACCUCCACUAUCGUCAUGGCAAAGUCCCCUCCCGCAAACCCACGACCAGCACCAACCAUACCCUCAGCAACACCAGCAACCGCCGCAAUGGCAGCAGUCACCAUCUCAUGGCAAUCUUUCUAAACCUCAUUCACCUCCUCAUCACGGUGGCAUUGACCAGAAUCAGAUUAACCAGGCUAACCCUUACUACAUCGAUUUAAGGAAACGUGCCAAUGAAGACGGAGACCAGAUGGCGAAAUGUUUUCAAGAAAGCCGUGCGGCCUAUGCUCGAGGAGAUGGAGCAGCGGCAAAGCGGCUGUCUGAUGAAGCAAAAGAACAUCAGAGGAGAAUGGAGUCUUUGAACAAAGAAGCCAGUCAAUAUAUCUACAUCGAGAACAACAAGGACAGUAAACCUGGAGAGAUCGACUUACAUGGCCUACAUGUCAAGGAAGCGAUAUUUCAUACAGACCAAGCUUUGGAGGAAGCAAAGCGACGUGGUGAAACCACAUUACGUCUCAUAGUCGGUAAAGGUCUACAUUCCACUGGUGGUGUCACAAAAAUCAAACCCGCAAUAGAAGAGCUGAUGCAAAAGCAUCAGCUCGUAGCCGAACUAGACGAUAAUAAUGCGGGGGUUCUGGUCGUUCAUUUGAAUUCGGGUCGAGACAGAGGAGUAGGACCUGAUGAAAUUGCCCAUCGUUUGGACUGCGAUGACGAGAGAUGUACAGUUAUGUGAAUGGUUCAAUACUCAAUAAUGUCAGGAGGGCCCCCAACCGGAGCCACAAGAUGAGCAACCUUUUUCGAAGCUCCGAGUCUGUAACCCCUAGAUCUCUUUGCAGUGUGGCUGAUUACCGGGGUGUAGAAAGAUUUAAAGAGGUGGGAAGCGAAGCUUUUCCUUUCGCCUCUCCCCUCGUCGUUUCUGUUCCACGGGAGAUGCAUCCUUCCUCUCAGCUGUCGUUUCUCCCGCUUUUAGGUGUCGCACUAUGCAUCGCGGCCGGUGACGCUCCGUUCAGUGCUUCUUGCAGACAGUCAAAUAAUCGCUUACAAGUGGGGACGUAUCAGUUUUAUUCGGACUGCGAUUUCCAAACUUACUGUGCCGCGAACUCGACAUGUGCCUAUAGAGGAUGCAGGUCCGAUGACUUUCCUUUCGGUUACCCGCAGGACUCAAACACUAUCCCACCGAAAUGUCCUCGAGGACAGUUCUGUCCGGAUGAAAUGGAUCACUGCCAGAAUCUCAUUCCAGUUGGUGGUGCGUGCCAGUUGAACCGUGACGAUCAGUGCGAAGCACCUCCC